AUGGCGAGAGAUAGAUUAGCAGAUAUCAGAGAGGUGCAACUUGAGGAGAAUACGGAUGCAAAUCAUGCCAUCGUUGGUUUUGAAAUGGCUGAAGUUGCACUAGAGGAAGAGGAAUUUAUGGGAGAAUUCUUUAAGCAGAUCGAAAUAAUUGAGCAAGAUCUCAGUGGAAUAGAAAAUGACAUUGAUUAUGUGGACGAUCUACAAAAUGAUAUUCUAACGGCGUCGAAGGUAGAUUACGAUGAUAAAGCUAGAUUGGAAAAUGCUAUGACUUCUAUAAAACUGAAGACAAAUCGUUCUAGAGCUCGAUUAAAGGAUAUAGAAGCAUCAAUUAGAGAAGCGAGCGAUACUUCCGCGGAAAUUCGAAUCAAGAGAACUCAACAUGCCGCGCUAUCGCAUCGCUUAGUCAACGCUAUGUUGAAGUUUAAUCUAAUUCAAAAUGAAUAUCGAGAUAGAUGCAAGGAGAAGCUGAAGAGGCAACUGAGCAUAGCUGGAAAGCCUGCAACCGACGAGGAGGUCGAAGAUAUGCUGGAAAAUUGGGAUUUGGAAAUAUUUACUCAAUCGGUCGAUCCAGGGACUAAAGAUGCGAGAUUGGCCCUAGAGGGUAUUAAGACAAGGCAUGACGAUAUUUUAUUACUGGAAAAGAGCGUUAAGGAUUUACAAGAUAUGUUUUUAGAUGUAGCAAUGUUGGUUGAAAAUCAAGCGGAAAUGCUCGAUAGCAUUGAACAUCAAGCUGGAAAUGCCGUUGAUUAUGUUGACAGGGCUACAGCAGAUGUCAAGAAAGCCCUUGAAUAUCAAUCAGCAGCCCGUAAGAAAAAAAUAAUCUGCAUCGUUUUGGUGCUAAUCUUGCUGGCUAUCAUCGGUAUUAUCAUACUUUCUCAGCUUAAUCUUGGAGGUACAAGUACUGCUACUAAUAAUGUCGUUACUACUGCCGCAACUCUAUAA